AUGCUGCCGCCGUCGCUGGUUCCCGUGGAGGUCAUCUUCAUCGUGGACGGCACUGUGCAGGUCUCCGAUGCUCACGCCAUCCGGAAGCUCAGUGCCGCGAAAGCCGUGGUUUUGGAUCCGGUCGUCUUCGGCACCACCCCUGCCGAUGCGACGCCCGAGGGCGGGCGCGCGGGAGGUCCGAUCAUCCUCCAAGCCCACUCGCUGAACUACUUGAAUGCAGGUUCGACAAGCGCAGAUCUCUAA